UGUUAGAGAAAGAGAGGGAGAGAGAAAGAUAAACCAAAGGUUUUGGGGCUUGUUUAUUUUUUCCCUCUUACAAAUCUCUCGGAAAGUUAAUUCAAAUACCGCCGAUCGGAGGUAAAUUCAAAUCAAUAAAGUUAUGGAUGUCGAUAAUGGGAAGAGGAUAUUCAAUAGACUAGGAGGAGGAGGAACAACAGAUAAAGUCUGCUACCAUUGGAGGGCGGGUAGAUGUACCAGGAACCCGUGUCAGUUUCGGCAUAGUGAACUGCCACAGCCAAGUAGCAGCAACGGGAUGGGAUCAAAGAGAUCCCAUGUGAUACAACCUUCAGAUCAGGGGAAUUUUUCUGGUGGAAACUUCUCUGGUGGGAAUUUCUCUGGUGCUGGCUCAUUUUCGCGAAGAAAACCGAAUACCUACAAUCAAGCUGAUACCCAGCCUUCAAGAUGGGGCAGGGAUCAGGGUCAAGGCGGGGCAGUUAAUGGAGGACCUAGAGGUCCAGGAUUUAGGCCUCCUCUGAAGACUCAGGAUAAGGUUUGCACCUAUUGGAUGGCUGAUAAGUGUUCUUAUGGUGAAGGUUGCAAAUUCUUGCAUCAGUGGUUUGUCAGUGAUAGUUUUACUAUGUUGACGCAACUUGCUGGACACGAGAAGAAGGUCAUUAGCGGGAUUGCUUUCCCAAUGGGGUCUGACAAAUUAUAUUCUGGUAGCAAAGAUGGAACUGUUCGGGUCUGGGAUUGUCAAACUGGCCAGUGUGCUGCUGUAAUUAACCUUGGAUCUGAAGUUGGCUGUGUCAUCAGUGAAGGCCCCUGGGUGUUUGUUGGAAUUAAUAACUGUGUCAAGGCUUGGAACACUCAAACCAAUAGUGAACUCAGUCUUAGUGGUCCAUCUGGACAAGUUUAUGCCUUGGCCGUGGGUAAUGAAAUGCUACUUGCUGGAACACAGGAUGGUAGCAUAUUGGUUUGGAAAUUUGUUGCUGCUACCAAUGGUUUUGAGCCUGCUGCUGCUCUUCAGGCUCAUAGUGCUUCUGUUGUCACGUUAGUUGUAGGCGCUAACAGACUCUACUCUGGAUCCAUGGAUAACACAAUAAGGGUGUGGGAACUUGAGACAUUACAGUGCAUUUAUACUCUGACAGAUCACACAUCAGUUGUAAUGUCUGUUCUUUGCUGGGAUCAGUUUUUAUUGUCAUGUUCUCUGGACAAAACAAUAAAGGUCUGGGCUCUUACCGAGAGUGGAAAGUUAAAAGUCACUUACACCCAUAAAGAAGAAGAUAGUCUGUUAGCGCUCUGUGGGAUGCCUGAUGCACAAGGAAAACCUGUGUUGAUAUGCUCAUGCAAUGACAACACUGUUCGUCUCUAUGACCUGCCAUCAUUUAAUGAACGAGGAAAAAUUUAUGCCAAAGAGGAGGCUCGAGCUAUUCAAACUGCUCCUGGUGGUUUAUUUUUUACUGGUGACGGAAAUGGUGAUCUAAAAGUGUGGAAGUGGUCUGAGCAAUCACCUGCAGUUGCAACAGUGAUGUAAACUAGAUACUGACUGUGUGGAGAGGUUAUCUGAAGAUUCUGGACAAUAAAAAGCAUCUCAGUCAGUAAGAAGUUUUUAGUAGUCUGAGAAGUAUCCAAGGCAGAUUGAAGAUUAUUGUCAGCUAUUAAUAACUACAUUCAGUAAAGUUCACAAAAGUGCAUACUUUUCUGAUGAGCCAAGAAAUCUAAAAAAUGAAAAUGAUGUCAAAGCUUCCCUUGUUUUAGUUUGGGUUUCAUUUUUGAUGAGAGUUUGUAAUGUUUAUUGUAACAUUGUAUUAAAAGCAAAAAGCAGAAGUAUGAUGAGGAAUGAAAGCAAUUCUUUCUUUCUUCUAUAAAUCGUUCUUCUAUAAAAUCAGUUUUUAUCCUUCUUCAA